AAAUACAACUAGAAGACGUGUCUCUAGUCAAACCUGAACUUGGGCAAUAAAUUACGGUGUUUGGGAGUUGAAGUUGAAUCAAUACGAUGCCGAUGAAAAGGUUGACUCUUAAUGACUGGUGGGUACGAGUAAAGAUUCGUGCGUUGACAUAGAGAUCCUUCCCCAUACUUCAAGAGAGUUCCAUUAGCGCUAAGGGGGGAAUCGGACGGGAACCGUGUUCCGACGGUCCAGAUCGGCCCCCCGCGAAACCUUCAAAUAAAACCUCAUUUAUUCCUCUUCACCCUCUGCAGUUUGCUCUAUGCAAAAGCAAAUCCACGGCCCAACUCCUACCCCCUGCCACCAUGAUCAUCUCGCCAUCGCAAAUUAGCGUGGUUAUCUCCUAUCUCUCCUCCUAAAUCCUCUCGCGGACGUAGGUCGUUGUCAUUCUCUAUUUCCUCUUCUCCGUUCUCUUUUUCCUCAAAUAAGUGGUAUGGUGGUGAUGCUUUCUAGGUCUAGCUUCGAUUUCCUUGGGUAAAUGAGUGUUUUUGCAUGUCCUUGGGUAAAAUGUGAGGUUUUGGCAGUUCUCGUAGUUGUGCGAGAGCGUUCGUGCAUGCGGUGCGAAGAGGGUUUUCGUUGUUAUGAGUGAAGCAUGGUGUGGUUGGACCUGCGCAUUUUGUUAUUUUUGGUGAUUGUCUAAGUGCAAAGAUUCAUCUUUAUUUGAUCAUGUUUCUGUUUCUUGUCGAAGAUCUGUUGCGAGUUUAUUCACUGCAUAAUUGUAAGUGAAAGAGAAGAUAGAGAAAGCAAGGACUUUCACCUAGGUUUGGUGGAGGUGUCGCGACCAUGGUGGAACAGUUGAGUGUAGUUAGUUGCGUGCAAAAAGAAGAACAUUUUGUGUGUGGGUAUGAGUCAUCGACUAAGGUACUUCUCUUCGGAAAUAAGUACCGAAAUACCGUGAUUUAGAGCAUACGGUGCCAAGGUUGAUUAAAAUUCAUGUGCAUGAUAAUGAAUUUUAUCUGUCACAUGAAUCACAAUAUUAAUUCUUUUUUCUAUUCAAGCUUUUUCUUUUUCAUUUUUUCUUUUGUGUUGAUUGUUGAAGUGCCUCAAUUCUUUGGAUCUGCAUAUGUUGAAACUCUUAGUGUAGCAGGUCCCAUUAUUUUAUCUUGGUGAAAGUUGCUUGUUAUAGUUAUGCAAAGUAUUUCUUGCAAAACAUUUGAACUUACCUGUUGGAUAGGUCCUCAGAACAAAAUCUAGAUGUAAAAUGUCAAAACUGUCCUGAAUCUGGAAAUCUCAUGUGGUUUGUUAGUGUCUUUAGCUUAAGUUAUUGUCAUCUGAUAAGGUCAUUGUUAGAUUGCUUUGAAACGAUUAUAUUGGUUAUGUGAACUUGAAACUCUCUUUAACUGAGAAAAAGCCUAAUUAAAUUACUCUUGAUACAACAAUGCUUAAAUCUGCUGAUCUUAGUUUUCACCUUGCUGAUUGCACUUUGUAAUACAACAUUUUCUUUAAGAUUUAGGAGUUGUUUAUGUCUGCCUACAUAUUCAUAGAUUGGAACAAUCUGUGGAUUAUCUAGAGUUUUCUUUUUAUGUAGCUUCUUUGUAGGUGAUGUCAUUGUGACAGUAUGCCUUCACAGUUUUCUGUUUUGUUUCUAGGUGAUAAUGGUCCAUUCAUUUUAAUGGCUUCUACUUUUAGCACCAUGUCCACAAUAGGCUCUUUGGGUGUUGCUACUUGUCUUCAUGCCGACAAGACUUCUGUUGAAAAUUUCUCCAAGUUCUCUUCACUUGCUUCCAUAUCUUCUGGUUCAACAAGCAGCAGAAGGCAGAACUUGCUAAUGCAGAAGAGGUGCAAUUCUAGGAUCAGAGCUAUGGCAAAGAGUUGUACUUUAACAAGGAUGGCUCUGCCAUUAAGAAGCUACAGGUUCAUUGAGUUGAGAUAGAUCAGGAUGAAGCUGAGGGUGGUAUGUAGGAAACUAUAUGAUUAUGUUUGCUAUGAUCUAAAGGAAAUUGCUUUUCCUUCCUCUCUGCCUGAUCCCCCACAUAUCAAGAAACGAAGGAAACUCACAUGGAGAGAGCGAUGGUGUGUCUUGAAAGAAGCAUCUAGACUUUAUGCUGCUAGCUGGGUGCAGGAUAUUGGUCCCGAUCUUAGACCGAAUGACUAUAAAAAGGUCACAAAUGACGAUGGUGGAAGUCAUCAAGAUAAGACUACAUCUGAAAGAAGAGAACCAUCAACAUCGGAAGAUCUUGCAGUGGCAGCUCGAGGUGGAAUGGAGACAUUAAGGCCUGCUUUGCAGCGUGUGUAUAUGAUGCGUGCCUCAGCAUACAGAGAUGCACUAAAAAGCUUUAUUCAAGGGUACCAUGAAGGGAUAAAGCAAGUCAUGGAAGGGAAGAAAGGUGAAAAGUCUCAUGCGCAAGAGAACAAUGCAAAGAAGUCCAAUUGAUAUCUUGUCACCAAGAAAGUUUGUUAGGUUUCACCGGCCGGUGCCCAGUCGAAAUUUUGUAAACAUCAUAUAGAUUAAUUAUUUUAAUUCUAUCGAUGAUAUUAUCUUUUUAGCU